ACUCAGCGGGCUGCGGAGAGUGUGGCAGAUCCUACCUCUCCGCUAAAACUGAUGUGGCCCGGGCGUGAUCGAGGGGCGGGUAACCUGGCGAGGGCGGGCGGGACAGCUCCAGAGAGCGGAGAGGAGGCCGGGGUUUCUCCGAAGACCCGGCCCUGAGGAUCCCUCACCUCGAGGAAGGACCAUCGCUAUGGAAACCAGAGCGUGGGGCGGCCCGGGAUUGUGGCUCCCGGAUGGUGGUGACCGGUCUUCUCUCUCCCCGAGACACUCGCCCACUUCGGGCGAGGUUGCUUCCUGAACGAACCUGCUCUCUCGCCCACGAGAGAAAGUUUCCCAUGGCACAGCCUAGCAGAAAGAUGCAGCCUUUGUGCCUCACUGGCCGCUGACCCACUGGCCUGAUGACAGCACCCCCGUGUACCUUUCCGGUUCAGUUCCGGCAGCCAUCAGUCAGCGGCCUCUCACAGAUCACCAGCAGCCUAUACAUCAGCAAUGGGGUGGCUGCCAACAACAAGCUCAUGCUCUCCAGCAACCGGAUCACCACGGUCAUCAAUGUCUCGGUAGAAGUGGUAAACACUUUAUACGAGGACAUCCAGUAUGUACAGGUGCCGGUGGCUGACACACCCAUCUCACGUCUCUGUGACUUCUUUGACCCCAUUGCUGACCACAUCCACAGUGUGGAGAUGAAGCAGGGCCGCACACUGCUGCACUGUGCUGCUGGCGUGAGCCGCUCAGCUGCCCUCUGCCUUGCAUACCUCAUGAAGUACCAUGCCAUGUCCCUGCUGGACGCCCACACGUGGACCAAGUCAUGCCGGCCCAUCAUCCGGCCCAACAAUGGCUUUUGGGAGCAGCUCAUCCACUAUGAGUUCCAGCUCUUUGGCAAGAACUCCGUGCACAUGGUCAGCUCCCCUAUGGGAGUAAUCCCUGACAUCUACGAGAAGGAGGUCCAUUUGAUGAUUCCACUGUGAGCCAUCUCACCAGCCUCUGUGCCCAGGUCAAAGGUGCAGAUCUGCUGUUGACCGAGAUCUGAACUUAAACGUUCUACUGUUGUUACAGAAAAAACAGAUGAUGCCUUUUAUAAGGAUCAGAAAAAAAAGGAAAGGUGCUGUAGUUUUUAACUUUAUUAUCCAUAUCUUCAAAGAUUAAAUUCACUAACUGUACGAUGGUGCAGGUAAGUUUCCUACCCUGUGAGUGACAGGUCAUGGCUGCUGGCCAGAUGGGAGAGAGAGGCAAGCGCCCAGGUCAAAUGGACCAGUGCCUAAAGCAUAUGGCAAGCUUGGAAGCCUGCUGCCCUCCCGCAGACCGACCAACCCACAAAGGAGUCAGCCACCAUUCCACUUCACUCUUUCAAACCCAAAGCCAGAGCCUUAAGCAUCAUGGCGCCUCCUGUGCCACUCACAGUCAGUGCCAAACUACUAGAUAAGUGGCCUUCAGGUGGUGCUCUGGGAGCCCUGGGGACCCAGGCCAAGCCUGCUUCUACCUUCAGCCACAGGGACCCAACUCUGGUUUUCUGGAUUGGAUUUACACAUGACAUAGUUUUCAAAGAAAGCAUUCCAUUGUAUAAAACUAAAAAAAAAAAUUUUUUUUAGGGCUAUUGUAGGUGGCAAGGUCUCAAAGUACCCAUGGCAGUCCCCUGCCGGCCUUUGAUGGUGGCAUUAGUUUCCUUCUUAGAGGCACACGUGGAGAGCAGGCCUGACAUCAGGCUUCAGGGGUUCCUCUCACAGGUCUUGAUUUGGAAGGCCAGAGCUGCCGACUGGAACCUAGCCUUAUCACCUCCUCCCUAUAUGAUUUGGGACCUCUUGGAGCCUCAGCUUUCUCAUCUGUCCAAGCAAUUACAGCCCUUUUCUCCCAGCGUUGUCAUGAAGAUUCAGCAAUUCCUUAACUUGGUGCCUGACACAUGGUCAGGGCUUAUGGUAGCAACUCUAGGCAUGAAUGAUGCUUUGGCCCUGCUGGUCCUGGUUAUCGCAGUCAUCCUCACAAUGGCAUUUCCCCUAUCUUUGCACAACCCUUUACUGUUUACAAAAUGUUCUUCCAAAAAGUCCUCCUGUGUGGAAAAAAAAAAAAUGGUUUAAGUCCCUUCACACCCUACUUUAGAAGAGGCCUAGCUUCUUAGCCUUUUCAGAGUUCCCAUUGCAUUUAAUCCAUGCAUGCCCUGGGGGUCCUAAAGCAAGGGGCACUCUUCCAGAUUCCCCAGAAAGGCCUUGUUUAGAUUGCUGACCACUAAAGCCAGUGCCCUGGUCUGGCUAACCACCUGGGUCUAUGAGGGCACAUGACAAAGGGACAAAUGAGUGCGCCUAACCUAUAGACCCUGAAAUCCAAGAUGGUUCAAACCUCCCAAGGACCUGAGGAUCUGACUCAAGACCAGCAAUUCUAAUCCAGAGGUUUUCAAAUCAACAAUAUAGGAGACAAAAGCACAACUUCUCUGUGGGUCGAGUCCAGUGGAAGCCAAAUGCCUUCUACCCCACCCCCACUUCCAUGACAGGCAUGCCCAAGGGUACAAUUUUAGAGUGUGGGGGAGAAGGAAAAUCACUGCUGUAGACUGACUUCUCAUUUUAUAGGCGAAUAAACAGACCCCCAAACACCAGGGCUGGUGUGGCAGAGCCCCCACAAAGCAGACUUUCUGGAAGAAACCCAAGUGGAAAAUUUCUUCUAUAGCCUUCUUAAAAAGAAAUUGAUUGGGACAUGUUUUAUCUUCAUUUUUAAAAAAACUUUGAAUUAAUAUACCAUAAAAUUAACUUUUUUGUAUGUACAGUUCUGUUUUAACACAUUUGUGUAACUACCUCUGCAGUUAGAACACAGCAGUUCCAUCACCCAAAAAAUUAUCUGAUGCCACCUCUUUGUUGUCAAACCUUUGCUCCACUCAAGCCUCUGGCACACACCAAUCUGUUCUCCAUUCCUGAAGAUUUGCCUUUUCUAGAAUGUCACAUCCAUAGCAUCAUAGAGGAUGUAAUCUCUGGAGACUGGCUUCUUUAGUAUGUCUUUGAGAUUCAUUCAGGUUGUUUUUUAUAGCUAAGUAGUGUUCCAAUGUGCAGAUGUACCACAGUUUGUUUUUUAACGUUCACCCAUUGAAGGAUAUUUGGGUUGUUUCCAGUUUGGGGUGAUUUUGAAUAAAACUGCUACAAACA